AAAAAAUAUAAUUAAGUUCUUACUUCCUAGAAAUUCGCCAGCCAAAACUUUUGAAGGGAGGAAAGCUUAAAGGCUUUGUUUUGUUUUUGUUGAACUUUAAGACAUUAUUGUACAACAGAGCUCAAAAUGACAAAUGAAUGAGUCCAGUUUGUUCUUUGCGGUUGUUCUCGUGUUAGCCACCUGGAGGCGCAAACGUGCCGAAAACGGGAGCCUGAAAAAAACAACGUCGAAGAAGAAGUCGGACAUUUGCCUUCUAACACGUCCUCAAUUGAAAGAUAUACUUCAUUGUACAUGGGAUAGAGAGCCUUUCGGGACCUUGAUUUAAACGACUGUACAAUGAGUGGAAGAGGAAAGGGCGGGAAAGGACUCGGUAAAGGGGGUGCUAAGCGGCACCGGAAAGUCCUCCGUGAUAACAUCCAGGGCAUCACCAAACCAGCGAUCCGCCGUCUGGCUCGUCGUGGCGGAGUAAAGCGUAUCUCCGGUCUGAUCUACGAGGAGACCCGUGGUGUGUUGAAGGUUUUCCUAGAGAACGUGAUCCGUGAUGCCGUCACCUACACCGAACACGCCAAGAGGAAGACCGUCACCGCCAUGGAUGUGGUCUACGCUCUGAAGAGGCAGGGACGCACACUGUACGGCUUCGGCGGUUGAAACUAACAUUCCGCUGUUUGCGACUUAAAGGCCCUUUUAAGGGCCAUCAAUUAUUCUGAAGAACAGAAUUUUCUUUGCAUCAACAUUAUCAGAAGUAUGUAAAGUGGGCAGCGUCGACUAGUAUUACAGCUUGAUCAGUAUUACAUUCAGAAGGUAGCAAAAAAUGUUGAGCAAAUUCCUUUCUAGGAAAAUCUGGAGUAUUGUAAAAGUUAAUUGGGGCAAUCAACAUAUUUUUCAAUAUAUAUUAAGUAAAAUUAGCAAACCCCGCAUAUACUAUGUUGGACUCAAGUUAAGAAACUGUUUUCCAAAUGUUCCAGUUUCUAUGACUACAGUCUGUACAUCACAAUUUUAUUAACUUGGAGAAUAAAAGGUUUAUCAUAACAAUAAAAAGAUUACCCAUCGUUCAUCAAAAGAGGAUUCAGAGUUAAACCUUCAAUAAAGAAAGUUGCACAGCAGCUCCUCUAA